AUGGUGGAAGCUGAUCAUGCUCUUGCAACCAUUAAGAGAUAUGAGGAAGCGUCGGGGCAAAGGGUCAAUUUUGACAAAACUGAGUUGUCUUUUAGCCAAAAUGUGCCAGAACAGUUGUGUACUCAAAUCCGGAAUAGGAUGGAGGUAAAGGUUGUAGACUCUCAUGACAAGUAUCUUGGAUUGCCAACAGUUAUUGGUAGGUCUAAGAAGGCUGUUUUCCUCAAGGUGCAAGAGAGAAUGGUGAAGAAGCUAAAAGGAUGGAAAGAAAAGUUCCUCUCAAGAGCUGGAAAAGAGGUUUUGCUCAAAUCGGUUGCGCAAGCAAUUCCUAUUUAUCUUAUGAGUUGCUUCAGACUUCCAGAGAAUGUUUGUUCUUCAAUGGCUUCCCUCAUGGCUAAUUUCUGGUGGGGACAAAAGAAUUCAGAAAAAAAGAUCCAUUGGAUGAGUUGGGCAAAUUUGUGCAAACCAAAGGCAAGUGGAGGGCUGGGCUUCCGAGAUUUUAAGAGCUUCAAUGAGGCUUUGCUAGCUAAGCAAGUUUGGAGACUGAUUCAGAAUGAGGAAUCCAUACUGUUUAAGUGCCUCAAGGCAAGGUAUUUUCCAAGAACUUUCUUGCUAUCUGCUCCUGUGGGUUUUAGACCCAGUUAUGCUUGGCGGAGCAUAUGCUCAGCUAGGAACUUAAUCAAGGAGGAGUCAGUUUGGAAGUGCCAUUGGGUUAGACAGGUUUGGUUUGCCUCUUCUCUGUCUAUCCGUUCUGGCGAUAUUCAGCUUGAGAUUGAUAAGUGGAUUCAGCAGUUAGCUUGUUCAGUUGGUGGUGAGAUUAUGGACCAGAUUGCAAUGGUUCUUUGGAGUAUUUGGAAAGCAAGAAAUGAGAGUUUCUUUAAGAAAAUUAAGCCUGAUGUGUGUAAGUCUCUGGAUUUGGCAAUUAAUUUGAGGACAGAAUGGCUAUGUCAUCAACCACAAUUUGAGAAAAUGGGAUCAUCUAGUGCUGUGUGGACUCCCCCACCUUCGGGUUCUAUGAAGCUAAACUUUGAUGCUGGUUGGGCGGGUCCUCGUGGCCAAGGAUUUGGGUUGGUUGUCCGAGAUGAUAAAGGAGCUUUUCAAGUUGCAGCCUCCCACUAUGAAGAUCACAGAUCGGACCCUCUGGUUGCUGAAGCUUUGAGCUUCAGAUGGGCCCUAAAGUUAGCUGCAGAAUGGAAUUUGGACAACUUAGUCAUUGUGUCCGAUUGUCAACAGCUUGUUACAGCUUUUCACCAAUGUUAUAGCUUCCCCUCUUUAAAAACAAAUGUAGUAGCUCAUGCUCUUGCAGCUGAGAGUCACUUGUAUCCUGAUUGUGCUUGGUGGGGAGAUCCUCCUGUUACACCUAGCUGCAGAUUUGCCUGA